GGACAGUCGGGGCUGAGGCGCGACCCGCCCCGCCGAAGACCAGGAGUUUCAGUUUCGCUUCCCAGGAGGUCCCUCCCUGUUCCCGAAGUAGGCCACCAUAUCUGGGAACUAUAGUCUAUAUUCCGAAACACAGAAGAGGAUAUAAACACUUGAAGACCCACCAGGGACCUGGAAGAUGGCCUUUUCCAUGGGUGCUGGAGCAGCAUCUUCCAAGGAAGAAUCAGGUAGGACCAACUCACUGUCACUCUUAUUUCAGAAGGGCUGUGCUCAGAUCUUUCCUCAGUGGAGAAGAGGGAGCACGAAUGGAGACUGUGUCCCCCACAAGUGCUCAGCAACUGACUAUUUUGUUAAAAGCCUUAACUGCCAAAUUCCCAUUAAUCAUCGUGACUUCACAAUUUUAAAAAAUCAGGAGAGUGAGCUGUCCAAAGUCCUCCUGGCUAAGUUUGGCUGUACCUCCACCUUGAUCUCUCCAGCCCUGCCAGGGAACAGCCAGCCUCUUGCUCAGCAAGUCUUCAGACAAAGCCUGAUUCCUGGACUAGAGUUGUCUGUCUGGAAGGAUGACCUCACCAGACAUGCUGUUGACGCCGUGGUGAAUGCAGCCAAUGAAGACCUUUUACAUGGGGGAGGCCUGGCCGGGGCCCUGGUGAAAGCUGGUGGCUAUGAAAUCCAAAUGGAGAGCAAAAGUUUCGUGGCCACAUAUGGUAAACUAUCAUGUAGUGAGAUAGCUAUCACUGGAGCAGGACGGCUUCCCUGCAACCUGAUUAUCCAUGCUGUGGGGCCUCGGUGGCAGGCCAUGGACGCACAGAGAUGUAUGGAUAAACUGGAAGGUACUAUUGUCAGAAUUCUUAGCUAUGUGAACUAUAAAAAUCUAAACAUUACAACAGUUGCAAUUCCAGCCCUGAGCUCUGGAAUUUUCCAGUUUCCUUUGGAUUUGUGUACCAAGAUUAUUUUACAAACUAUUAAAUCAUAUUUUGAAAGGAACCAGAAGGUUGGUAAUUUGAAAGAAAUUCACCUGGUAAGCAAUGAGGACCGUACCGUGGCUUCCUUUAAAGCUGCUUCAGAAGACUCUCUAGGGAAGACUUUGGAACUGGGCACCUGGACGAGUCAAGAAACCACUCCUUCUGUCAAUACUCAAAUAUUCCAGGGCCUGACUCUGAAGAUCGUCUUGGGCCGCAUUGAACAGCAGAUGACAGAUGUGAUCGUUAGUUCUGUAAUCCCGGAUAACUUGACAGGCAGACCUGUGUCACAAUCAAUUCUACAAAAAGCAGGGGAUGAAAUAAAAUGGGAACUCAUGGAGCAACUAGCUCAUCCAUUGUCAGCUUUCCAGUCUGUACUGGUCACGAAAGGAUUUCAAUUGUCCUGUGCAUAUGUAUUCCAUAUACUAUGGCGUUCAAAAUAUUCUGAACAUCUGGUGUUAAAAAAUGCAGUGAAGGACUGUUUGGAAAAAUGCCUUGCAUUAAAUAUAAGUUCCAUUUCCUUUCCUGCUGUUGGGUCUGGAAGCAUUGGUAUGCCGAAGAAUAUAGUGGCAGAGAUUAUGUUUGAUGAAGUUUUAAAGUUUGCCAAAAACCAUUUGAAAAAAAAACUAACUGUGAAGUUUGUGAUCCUUCCAGACGACUGGGAGACAUAUUUGACUUUUCGUGCUGAAAUGGUAAAUAAAUCCAACAUGCUGAGUCUCAACAAUCACAGUGAUGAAGCACCUAGGAUCGAUCUUAAGGGACUCAACCUGGAAGAGAAGUAUGAGGCUGAGGCAUGGAUCCAAAAGAUACUGACCGCCAAGGACUACGUCAUUGCAAAUAAUCACAUCCUGUACCUUGGGAAAAAGGAACAUGAAUAUUUGUCUGAUCUUGAAAAAACCUCAAAUGUCUCCAUCUCAGAAGUUAUCGAGCUGGAAAAGGCAAAAUUGGAAAUUAAAGGAGAACGCACUGACUGCAUCAAGGUGGUUGUGAACAUUGAACAUAUGCUGUGUGAAGUUCAGGAGGAAACUGCAAAGAAAAAGGAGCAAGGCCUUAGGAGUUUCUCAGGACAAUGGACUGGUCAGCUGGGAAAACCCCAAGAUGAGAUGAAUGAAGUAAAAAUCCUGUCUCUGCGAUCCCCAAUAUUCUUAACACAAGAACUUCAGGAUCAAAAGAAACAGUUUGAAAAAUACGGUUUGCAGGUUAUAAAGGUAGAGAAGAUAGACAACAGUGUCCUGAUGGCUGCCUUCCAGAAGAAGAAGAAAAUGAUGGAAGGGAAAACGCACAGGGAGCCCGUGAGCCGCAGGCUGUUCCAGCAAGUCCCUCAUCAGUUCUGCGAUGUGGUUUGCAGAGUUGGCUUUCAGAGAUUGUACUCUGUGCCCUGCGACCCAAAAUAUGGAGCUGGCAUGUACUUCACCAAGAACCUCAAAAAUCUAGCAGAUAAAGCCAAGAAAAUGUCUGCUGCCAAUGAGCUAAUCUACGUGUUUGAGGCUGAAGUACUCACAGGCUCCUUCUGCCAGGGCCAGCAGAUACAUAUUGUCCCUCCACCACUGAGUCCAGGAGCCAUAGGUGGUUAUGACAGUGUGGUUGACAAUAUGUCCAACCCUGAAACCUUUGUUAUUUUUGGUAGCACACAGGCUAUGCCCCAGUAUUUGUGGACAUGCACCCAGGAUCAUGUAUCGUCAAAGGAGUAUUUAUUAGUACCGGAAGUAUUUAACAGCAGCCUUUUGAAAGUCUCAAGAGGCAGCUCUGUUGACUAAUCUUCCUAUCAUUUUAAUGACUCCCAUGACCUUGCUUUGGGGAAAACAACUUAAUCAUGAUUCAAAGAGUAGUCUGAGUAUUGCACAUGGGUUGUCAGUUUGGAUUGACUAGGUUAUCUGGAGGACCAGCUAUGUAGUAAGAUCUUAGUGCCUUCACCUUCAUCUUUAUUUCUUGAGUCUAAGAUAGACAAAUACCAGCAAAAACACUCUUGAGACCAAUUCUUUUCCUUGUCAUUAUUCUUUCAUCUCUUUUACUAUAGGUAAAAGAGAAAAAAUUUACAUGUAAUAGAGAUUUCUAGAAUGUAAUCCUUUCCAUUUGUUUUUUAAAAUGAUGAUAUAAAGCAUUAUAACAAAAAAUGAUUUUAGAUUUUCUAAAGAAU